AUGAUGGACGAUUGUCUAAUAUCGAACUUACCGCCGCCUACCCUCCGAUCUGCUCUCCGCCUUCUCGUUUCGCAGGGCGCCACCACACAGCAGCCAUUCGUCGAACACAUACGAGCAAGAUUCUAUGAGAAUCCACCUCCAUUUGAGGACCCGGAAAGACUAUUUCCUGGAGAUGAUAUUGUCUCUGAGGCCUGCUUGACCUACCUAGCUCAAACUAGAUGUAUCUUCUCAUGCAAGCUUCCUCAGGAGUCGUUCCCUUACUUAAGACAUUUCGUGGAGGCUAUUCCACGGGCAAGAGUUAGAUGGACUAAAGACGACGAGCUUAUAAUGCUACUGGCAAAAUUCGACGGGGAUGUCGUCCAAGCAGUACAGGCACUUAAGGAAUCGUGUCCGGAGCCCACCCCUAAACUCUUGGGUUUGAUCAAUGGCCUCCUAGCCGGCCUAGGAAACUGCAGGCAAUACUGCGAGAGCCUUCAUCCUCCUCUUUCAUUCCCCUUUACACGUGCCACCCGACAGCUCUACGACGUCCUAGCAAUUCUAUUUCCUCAAUACAUGCGGGCGGUCGACACCGCCAAGUCACCAGAACUCACCGUAUCUAGCACGGCAGUUAAGAGACAUGUGAUAGAAACAUUUCAACUGGGACCUUUUUACAUGCCACGGCUGUUAAACGGUCUGUGGCAAUUGUCGUCACCCUCUUGGGGCUCCGGAACUGCCCAAAGCCAGGAGGCGGCGCUUUUGCAUACUGUUGAAUGCGGCUUGACUGCUACUGAUAUGGCAGAUCAUUACGGCGAUGCGGAGCUAAUAUACGGUGAUUUCAGGAGCAAGCUCGCGCCUGAAAUACGCGAUAUGGUAUACGCCGUAACCAAAUGGUGUAUCUUUUCGCCAAUUCCGAAGCCCGUAACCACGUCGUUCGUCCUUAACGCCGCGCGUGAACGGUGUCGACGUUUAGGGGGCCGGGUUGAGCUGCUGCAGUUCCAUUGGUACGAUUACGAGGAUAAAGCAUACCUCGAUAUCCUACUAGAGCUAGUCCAUAUCACGAAAUCCCACCCCGAAUUGGUAUCAUCAAUCGGCCUCUGCAACUUCGACUCUGAGCAUGUAGAAGAGUCGUGCAAACAUCUCAUCGCCCAGACUGGCUCGGUCGGGAUCGUAUCAAACCAAGUACAGUUUUCUCUCGUGGAUGCGCGCCCGCUGCAGAGGAUGACUCAAGUAUGUGAUCAAUACGGACUGAAAUUACUUACAUAUGGCUCAUUUUGCGGGGGUUUCCUAUCGGAGAGAUGGCUUCACCAGCCAGCCCCUGACGUAUAUCUAGAAUCGAAUAAUUUGACCCCUUCUCAGCGCAAGUACUUCGACAUGAUCCUCAGUUGGGGCACAUGGGAUGACUUCCAGGCCUUACUCGAGCGUCUCUCGAAGGUAGCUCUUAGGUACGGCGCAAGCCUUACUAACGUUGCGACGCGCUGGGUCUUGCAGCAACCGGCGGUAGGCGCAGUCAUUGUAGGCACCAGGCUUGGUGUCUCGGGCCAUGUUGAUGAAAACUUGAAAGUAUUUGGGCUUAAACUAGAUGACAACGAUAUGUCUACUAUUAACAAGAUUGCGUUAGGCUUGUCAAGAGAGAAAAUGACAGCCCUUUUCGACAGACUCGGCGACUGUGGUAAUGAGUACCGAAAGAUGCAUUAA